CCCACACGCCCACACGCCCACCUCGCAGUCACACCCACACGCCCAUGGGCCAUGGCUCGCCUCGCCCUUUGCAAUCCCACCAUAACCAUAGCGCCCAGGCUGUGCCUGGCUGUGCUUGGCUGUGCUACCACAGCAUGCCAGGCCCUGGUGAAGCACACAUGCCGCCAUCAAGGCCUCCUGGCACGAACCACAGGAGCGAAAUCGUUCGAUAACCCACUCUUGGAGGCCCUGUCAAACCGGUCGAUCAUCCUCAAUCGCUGACGAACGAUGCUUCCCAAACACGGCUCUGCCGCUGACGGGAGACGGCGUCGGUAUCACUCCAGAACGAGAUGACGACGCUCCUCUUCUGACCUGCGCCUGGCUGCAACGCUCCUGUGUGCCUGUGCAACCCUCGGGCUUUUGUGCUGCCGCUUGUGAAGCAGAUGCGUGCCGUCGAAGCAGUGCCGGCGAGGCGAAAUCACAUCACUGUUAGCCUGCCUGGCAUGGUUUAGCCCGGGCCAUGACUCUACAUAUCCUUCCUCCUGUUAGCGAGAGCGAACUCCCUGUGCCUGUCUGUAUCAUGGGCCACAGCAGGUGCUCUGCAUUUGCCUAGUACGGCAACCGGGAUACAUGCCAAAAGCUUCCACCGGGCUGGACUGGAGCUCCAGCAGUCCGACGGGGCGGUCAUCUUGGGCUUCUUGGCUGCGGCUUAACGCCGAGUUUAUCGACUCCUAGCUUGGGGCGUGGGCCUCGAGGUAUCCCGAUUGAGGCUACUGUGGUACCUCUGUUCAGGCGUGGGCGGCUCGCGGAGCCUCACAAUGCCAGUCGGUGGCCGCACCCCGAGGGGUGUGCAUGACAGGCCACCCCACCGCCGCGGUCCGUCGCCUACGGAGUACUACUACUGCAGCCGUUCAGUCUGUGUGCCUGGCUCGCCUGGCUCGCCUGGCCAAGGAUCAUGGCCCAUCGAGCCCGUCUCCUGUCCCGGCAGAGGGUGCCAGGGCCCUCAGACAUGUUCGUUACACACCCUCCUCUUUUCGUUUUCGAGGGGGCCCAAGACCAGUGACCCCCCUUCAAGCCCCCCUCCUAGGCCCCCUUUUGCCUGCUUCGACGGGCUUCAAGUCUUGGCCCAUUCCGUCCUUCUCUGGCUUCGACUCCACCGGUUUCUACUUCAUCUUAUCUUCCCUUUGCCAUUCCGACAAUCGUGCGCGCCUCGCCUCUCACCACCGUACUAUCAGGUAUCAUCCCUUCUUUUCUCUAUCAGCGAUCUUCCUGUUCCCGGCCACACCCACCAGCGGCGCUGUCUGCUGUGAAUUGCACCCGCGCUGUCCUGGCCCAAACCCGCUAUACCUAGCCUGGUAAUAGCUGAAUCUGUCUGCUACAUGCGAAAGCGUGGGCAACAGGCAUAGCGUCCAGACCUUGUCCACGCUCAGGAUAGACGCUCAGUUCACUUCCCGACUGUCUUUUAUGUAUCACUUUUGCUAGUUCAGCAGGCUCUGAAUAUUCCGUCGCUGGGUAUCGACUGUUGGAAACGAUUAAUACUAUUUGGGAGGACUGGCACGGAUAAUCACCAUCGACGCCUUCGACGAGAAACACCAAGAAACCACAGUGGAGGACGACUAGGAAGCUUCGGAUCUCGGUUACGGGUGGGCCUGUGAGGAGUCUACGGACAGUCUACCGGGGGUAAACCGACAUCUAAGACGGCGAAAGUCACCAAGUCCUCACGAUGAGCGACUACUACUCCGACUCGAGGUAUUCUGGGGGGUAUGAGAAGCAGUCGGAGCGGUCACGAUGGACGCCACUCACGAGGAUGCUCCUGUCUGGUGAGAUGACACAGGAGAGGCAAAAAGAGCUGUCGUCGAGAGAGAAGUUUGACCGGUGGAUGGUCAACGAAGGUUACCGAAGAUUUUUCGUCUUCGUCUUCGCUGUUCUACACGCCAUGGUGUUCGCAUUUGGCUUUGUCAACUACGCAGUGAAGGACAACCUGCAGGUCGCUCGGGACACCUUCGGGCCGACGUAUAUGAUAGCUCGUGCAGCGGCUUUGGUACUGCAUUUCGACGUCGCCAUGAUCCUGUUCCCGGUGUGCAGGACAUUCAUCUCCCUGGCGCGUCAGACACCACUCAACGGAAUCAUACAGUUCGACAAGAACAUCACGUUUCACAUCACAACCGCCUGGUCCAUUUUCUUCUUCAGCUGGGUUCACACUAUCGCUCACUGGAACAACUUUGCUCAGAUCGCCGCCAAGAACAACCUUGGCAUCUAUGGUUUCUUGUUGGCCAACCUGGUGUCCGGUCCCGGCUGGACAGGAUACAUCAUGCUGAUUGCUCUGACUGGCAUGGUGAUCACCAGCGUGGAGAAGACGCGCCGUGCCAACUAUGAGCGAUUCUGGUACACACACCACAUGUUCGUCAUAUUCUUCCUGUUCUGGUCCUUCCACGGAGCCUUCUGCAUGAUUCAGCCAGACGUUGCCCCAUUCUGUAUCUCAGUGGGCACCCAGGCGAUCGGAGUCUUUUGGCAGUACUGGAUGUACGGAGGCUUCAUCUACCUUGGCGAGCGUAUCGCCCGUGAGAUGAGAGGACGACACAAGACAUACAUCUCCAAGGUCGUGCAGCACCCCAGCAACGUGUGCGAGAUCCAGAUCAAGAAGGAGAACACCAAGACGCGCGCUGGCCAGUACAUUUUCUUCAGCUGCCCGGAGGUCUCGAUCUGGCAGUACCACCCUUUCACCCUCACCAGCGCCCCAGAGGAGGACUACAUUUCGAUCCACAUGCGUGUCGUCGGUGACUUCACCCGCGAGGUGUCCAAGGCUUUGGGCUGUGAGUGGGACAAGAAGGACAAGGGCUCCAACGUGGUUGGCGUCAACAGCGAGAACAGCGAUGUCGACCCGGCCCUCCGCCGCGUGCUUCCCCGGGUUUACGUCGACGGGCCCUUCGGCUCUGCAUCCGAGGACGUGUUCAAGUAUGAGAUUUCAGUUCUUGUCGGUGCCGGUAUUGGUGUGACGCCAUUCGCCUCCAUCCUCAAGUCUAUCUGGUACCGCAUGAACUACCCUCAGACCAAGACCCGCCUGGCCAAGGUGUACUUCUUCUGGGUUUGCCGUGACUUCGGCUCGUUCGAGUGGUUCCGGUCCCUCCUGCUCGCCAUCGAAGCCCAGGAUGUCGACCAGCGCAUUGAGAUCCACACGUAUCUCACGGCCAAGAUCAAGGCUGAUGACGCAACCAACAUCAUGAUUAACGACGCCAACGCCGACAAGGACGCCAUCACCGGUCUCCGCGCCCCAACGAACUUUGGCCGCCCGAACUGGGACAUGAUCUUCCGUGGCAUCAGGAAGUUGCACGCGCCGGCCGAGGCAGGUGUCUUCUUCUGUGGUCCCAAGGGUCUGGGUAGCUCGUUGCACAUUUACUGUAACAAGUACAGCGAACCUGGGUUCGCAUUCGUGUGGGGCAAGGAGAACUUCUAGACGUCACCUCUUCGUGUUCCGAUAUUAAUACUCAUAUACAAGCGCACAUACCCAACGCGCGACCAAGAAAGAAACUCUACCGCUGGCCGAGAUUGACCCGGCCAUGCAUAUCCAAAACUCUUCUAAUUAUCGGCGCGCCGGACGCAACUUUCAUUCGGAGUAAUCUGGUUGGCGAGAUAGCCUUUGUGCGACCAUCUCAAAAGCUCAUCUUGGAGUCAAGCCAGCCGCGGUAGCUUGCGGGGAGCGGUGCCUACCAAUGGCUGCCCGGACGGAUACGGACUUGGGCUUCGAGAGAACAGCGCGUGCGACGAUCAACACGACGGCACGAUGCCUCUGGAAAAGGCAGAGGCGAGGAGGGUUGGCUGAGGUGGCAUUUUCCAUGAGCUACGGGAGGGCUAGGGGAGUCUCCACGUCCACGGACGAGUGAGAGGAGAAAGGGAAGAUGUCGUGCAUAGCUUGCGUGCUGAUAACAUUAGAGUCAUCACGAUUACGACGUCCCGCUCUGUUUGCGGUCGACAUGGGAGGCGGCUAGUUGCUCCUACCCUUUGAUGCUAUUCAUCUGUCUAGCGAUUAUCUUAUGAAAAUAGAAAGCUGUACAUGAUUACCACGCUUUUGCCCUAGGGGCUUUCUCUCGAUCCUACUGCGAAAACAUGCAUGCAUGAGACAAUGUGAUUCGCUCCAGAGGGUGCUUCAGCCUCCCUCACCAUGUCCAAUAUCACAGCCACUGACCAUUCAAUAUAGCAAACCCCUUUUGUGAAGCCGUCCAGCCGGUUUGUAGUACGUUUGCCAGACACGAUCAGGCCGCACGCGUACACCUAAUCCUCUCCCCCGUGAUAAACCGGCCUUCGAGACAGGCCAAUCUGACACAGCAUAAACCACUUGCCUUACCCCCAAUCAGCCUCCCGUUUCCCACCAAUCAAGCACGCCCCGUCCCACCGGGUGCGAGCCCGGGAUCGCCAAGAUAGAAACCCAGGCUGGGCCGGCAGGGCGGCUAGGCUGGCAGGCUGGCACGGCUGGCACACGCACACCCCAGCCUGGCGCCCGCGGUCGAAACGCGAAAGGUCUGGGAUCGACGAAAAAUCGUACGUUUUUUCCUGUCGUCCUCCUUCAUCGCCAGCAAGAUCCUCUUGCGGCAUACACAUCAUACGGCACCCAUCUUACAUCACAUCACCCCUCCCUCCCCUUGACCCUCGUUCUCCCCUAUUUUCGUCGUGCAGCGCAGUCACCUCUUGGGUUCUUCCGCGGCGCGUUUUACACGUGGGAACGGGGCGGGCGGACGGACUCUCUGGUGGUGCGAAAGGUGCCCAGGUGGUC